CCCAAGCGCCCACCAAUAAAGGAUAAAGGAAUCCCUCGUUCGCCUUCGCCCACCACGGGGGGAGAGAGAGAAAGGCCCGUUAGUGUCUCGCAUCUUCGCAGUUUCUCCUCUUUCCUUUGCUCCUCUUCUCUAUCGACUGAGCUCUCGGGAUUGUUCUGUUCAUGGCGGAGGAGGGGCGAGGGCAGGAAAAGGAGGACGCGGCGUCGCCGCUGUCCGUGGAACGGGUGUUCGAGAAGGAGAGGGUGCCGAAAUGGCGGGAGCAGCUUACUUUCCGGGCGUUCGCGGUGAGCUUCGUUCUGGGAGCGAUGUUCUCCGUGAUCGUGAUGAAGCUCAAUCUCACCACGGGGAUCAUCCCGUCGCUGAACGUCGCGGCGGGGCUGCUCGGCUUCUUCUUCAUCAAGACGUGGACGAAGCUGCUGGACAAGUCGGGGCUCCUCAAGCAGCCUUUCACCAGGCAGGAGAACACCGUGAUCCAGACAUGCGUCGUCGCCUGCUCCGGCAUCGCCUUCAGCGGUGGGUUCGGGAGCUACCUUUUCGGGAUGAGCAAUAUUGUUGCCUUGCAAACGCCAGAUGUCAAUGAUGCCAACAACACAAAAGAACCAAGCUUAACAUGGAUGAUUGGCUUCCUCUUUGUUGUCAGUUUCGUGGGCCUCUUCUCUGUGGUGCCACUUAGGAAGAUCAUGGUUAUCGACUACAAGCUGACGUAUCCGAGCGGCACUGCUACUGCCUAUCUGAUCAAUGGCUUCCACACUCCCCAAGGAGCCAAACUUGCGAAGAAGCAGGUCAGUGUUCUUGGAAGAUUCUUCUCUUUCAGCUUUUUGUGGGGUUUCUUCCAAUGGUUCUACACCGGUGGUGACAGUUGCGGGUUUUCAAAUUUCCCUACUUUUGGUCUCAAAGCUUAUGACAACAGAUUCUACUUUGACUUCUCCUCGACUUAUGUUGGUGCUGGGAUGAUCUGCCCAUACAUUGUCAACAUCUCUCUUCUUUUAGGUGCAAUCCUUUCAUGGGGAAUCAUGUGGCCUAUGAUUGAUAAAAAGUCAGGGGACUGGUACUCUGCCUCUCUACCUAAAAGCUCUCUCCAUGGCCUUAAUGGAUACAAGAUUUUUAUUUCGAUUGCCUUGAUCCUUGGUGAUGGUCUCUACAAUUUUGUGAGUGUCAUGAUUCGCACUGCAAUGGCAUUCCGUCAGCAAAUGAAGAAGAAAGAUGCCAUAAUCCCUGUGGCUGGUGUAGCUGCGGAAAAUGGUACCAACUUUGAUGAGGAACGUCGCAAUCAGCACUUCAUGAAAGACAGCAUUCCUUUUCUCUAUGCUGUUGGUGGCUACCUUGCUAUCGUGGUCAUUGCCACCCCUGUCCUCCCUAAAAUCUUCCCCCAGUUGAAAUGGUACUACGUCCUUGUGGCAUACAUCAUUGCACCGGUUUUGGCCUUCUGUAAUGCCUAUGGCUGUGGUCUCACCGACUGGAGUCUUGCCUCCACUUACGGGAAGCUGGCGAUUUUCAUCAUUGGUGCCUGGGCUGGAGCGCAUAACGGAGGUGUCCUUGCUGGCCUUGCUGCCUGUGGUGUGAUGAUGAGCAUAGUUUCAACUGCUUCCGACCUGAUGCAGGACUUCAAGACCGGGUACUUGACUCUGGCCUCUCCGCGGUCCAUGUUUGUGAGCCAAGUCAUUGGAACUGCCAUGGGCUGUGUGAUUGCACCAAGUGUGUUCUGGCUCUUCUACAAGGCCUUCAACGUCGGGUCUCCAGACAGCGAGUACAAAGCGCCGUAUGCAGCAAUUUACCGCAACAUAGCUCUUCUUGGAGUACAGGGCUUUGGAUCAUUGCCUAAGCAUUGCUUUGAGCUGUGCUGCGGCUUCUUUGCAGCAGCCAUCGUCAUCAAUCUGCUCAAGAACGUAAUCCUGCCCAAGAAGGUGGCAGGUUACGUGCCCAUCCCCAUGGCUAUGGCAAUCCCCUUCUACAUUGGAGGCUACUUCGCAAUCGACAUGUGCGUGGGGAGCUUGAUUCUCUAUGCAUGGGAGCGCGUCAACAAGGCAAAGGCAGAAGCAUUCGGGCCGGCUGUUGCGUCAGGGUUGAUAUGUGGAGAUGGGAUAUGGACAUUGCCUGCAUCUGUGCUGUCUUUGGCUAAAGUGAGCCCACCCAUUUGCAUGAAGUUCUUGUCUCGUUCGGUCAACCUGCAGGUAGACAAGUUAUUGGGUGGUUAAACGUCAAGAAACAAUGAGGGGGAGGUGCUGCAGGGUUCAGCUUAUUUGUACAGGUGUUCUUAGUUACGAUAUUAGUCGCUGAAUGUGAGGUUUAGGACGAUGAUUGUGAUGGUUGAAGUUCUGGACAAUGGGAUUGGUGGUCCAAAAGAUUGUUA